CAGGAUGCCGUCCGUCUCCCUCAGCCUUCCCGCCGCGCUGGCCGGCCGGGCACGCACCUGGGUGUGCCUCUCCUGCAUGGUCUGGCCGGAGGAGUUCGAAGCCGUCCACUCCCACACCUUCCGGGUGAAGACGUUCAAGAAGGGCAAGCACUGUGGCGUUUGCAAGCAGACCGUCAACAAGGAGGGACUCAUCUGCAGAGUGUGCCGGUUAACGUGCCAUAAGAAAUGUGAGGUGAAGGUUUCUACAUCGUGUGUUCCUGCUACUAACUACGAACUGGCUCCCAGCAACGACAUCCCCCUGAAGCAUGUAGAGACUACGGGCUCGACAAAGUCCUCCAAGAGCAUGGAGUCCCGGCGUAGACCAUCAAGGAGCCUCAGUCUGCUCCAGGCCAUGGAGGAGAACUAUGAGGUGGACCUGGUGUACAUCACGGAGCGCAUCAUCUCCGUGUCCUUCCCCAGCAGCGUGGAGGAGGAGAGCUACAGCGCCAACCUCAAGGAGGUGGCCACCAUGCUCCGCUCCAAACACGGCGACCACUACCUGCUCUUCAACCUCAGUGAGAAACGCUAUGACAUCACCAGACUGAAUCCCAAAGUGCUUGACUUUGGUUGGCCAGACCACCAUGCCCCUGCCCUGGACAAGAUCUGCAGCAUCUGCAAGGCCAUGGACACUUGGCUGAACGCUGACAGCCACAAUGUAGUGGUUCUGCACAACAAGGGAAAUCGGGGGAGAACUGGCGUGGUGGUGGCAGCCUACAUGCACUACAGCAACAUAUCAGCGAGCGCUGACCAGGCCCUGGACAGGUUUGCCAUGAAGAGGUUUUAUGAAGAUAAAGUGCUUCCUGUUGGCCAGCCCUCCCAGAAAAGGUAUGUGCAGUAUUUCAGUGGGCUGUUGUCAGGACAUAUCAAGAUCAACAACAAGCCCUUGUUCCUGCAUCAUGUCAUCAUGCAUGGCAUCCCCAACUUUGAGUCCAAAGGAGGUUGCCGCCCUUUCCUCAAGAUCUACCAAGCCAUGCAGCCGGUCUACACAUCUGGGAUCUAUAACGUGCAGGGAGACGGCCAGACCAGCAUCUGCAUCACCAUUGAGCCUGGCCUGCUGCUCAAAGGGGACAUUCUGCUCAAGUGCUAUCACAAGCGUUUCCGAAGUACCUGCAGAGAUGUCAUUUUCCGGGUGCAGUUUCAUACCUGUGCGGUGCAUGACCUGGGAAUUGUCUUUGGAAAAGAUGAAUUGGAUGAGACAUUUAAAGAUGACAGGUUUCCUGAAUAUGGAAAGGUAGAGUUUGUGUUCUCCUUUGGACCAGAGAAAAUUAAUGGUAUGGACCAUCUCGAGAAUGGCCCCUGUGUAUCAGUGGACUACAAUACCCAGGACCCCCUCAUUCGCUGGGACUCCUAUGAGAAUUUCAAUCAGCGUUGUGAGGACUCCAUGGAUGACGUCAUUCACACACAGGGCCCUCUGGACGGUAGCCUCUACGCCAAAGUCCGCAAGAAGUCCGAGUCCCUGGACGGCACCGUCACAGCCAACGGCCUCCCGGUGGCCGUGGAGCACGCCCUACCGGCUGCGGACCACACGCUCCCCCCCGGCGACCACGCCCUGUCGGUGAGCAGCGACUCGGGCAACUCCACCGCCUCCAUCAAGACCGACCGCACCGAUGAGCCGGCGGCCAGCCAGCAGUCGGCAGCAGUGAGCCAGCCGCCCGCGUCCACCCUCGCCAGCGAGCCGCCCGCCCUGGCCCCCCUCCAGCAGCCCCUGAGCCCCGCGGAGAAGCAGGAGCUGGACCAGCUGCUCAGCGGCCUGGAGGAGCCCAUGCACCGGCCCGGGUACCCCGCCAGCGGAGGAGGAGGAGGAGGACUCCACCUGGUGCCCGCCCAGGUGCACGUCAACGGCCACGGCAACAACAGCAUGGACCGGGAGACGGACAUCCUGGACGACGACCUGCCCAUCAGCCAGGAGGGCAACAGCGUGGACAGCCUGGGCACUCUGUCCUCCUUCGAAGGCCGGGCUACGCCCGCUGACCUGUACUACCAACCCGAGACGGUCAUCAACGGCCAGGACGGGCCAUAUAUGGAGAAGAGCCCCCCACAGAUGCAGCAGACGCAGACACAGCAGCAGCAGACACAGCAGCAGAGGCCCCAGGAGCCCCUCCCUCUGGUGCGCAGCUCGUCGUCGGCUCAGGAGCGCGUGGGCGACUCGGGCCCUCCGUCCAGCGGCUACGCCAGCCAGAACGGCAGCAUCUACCGCUCGCAGUCCUUCGGCUCGGAGCCGCCGGCCGCGCUGAGCCUGCAGCAGAGGGGCACGCUGCCCAAGGCGCCCGCCCGCACCACCAGCAGCCGCGAGGCCGUCCAGCGCGGCCUCAACGUGUGGCAGCAGUACGGCGUGCCCGAGGCGCCGCUCACCGACGGCACCGGCGUCCACUUCAGCCACAGCCUGCCCGAGUUCCCGCGCGCCGCCACCUCGCAGCAGGAGAUCGAGCAGUCCAUCGAGGCGCUCAACAUGCUCAUGCUGGACCUGGACCCGGCGCUGAGCGCUCAGACCCCCACACAGCAGCAGCAGCAGCAGCAGGCCGUGCCCAAGUCCUACAGCGCGCCCUCGGGGGCCGGGGACGCCAGCGCGGUGGUCACCACCCAGCCCUCCUUCUCCCAGACCCAGGCCAGACCGUCCUACCAGGCUGACGUGGGGGCAGCGCUGGGCAGCCACCCCGCCGCCGUGUCCCCACAGGCCCACGUGUCCCCGGUCCAGACGCCCGGCCGCCCCGUGGAGCCGCAGGGGCAGCAGAGGCCCACCGUCAUGUACCAGCCUGGCCCGGGGGGCAUCCCUGCCUUCCCCACGGAGACAGAGACCACCGGACUGAACCGGACCAGCCCCGCACCGCAGGUCCAGUCUUCGGGCCCCUCGCCCACGUACGGCCAGCUGCAGCUGAAGCCGCUCAACUCGUACCCCCCCAGCGCUGCGUCCCACUCCCCUGAGCCCCAGGAGGCCUCGUCCCCCUACCCUGCCUCCCACAGCAGCCACUCCGUCUCCUCCUCCCCCCUGCCCAAAGACAGCCAGCCCGAGGAGCCCAACUACAACCUGGAGGGCCUGGUUGCACACCGUGUGGCAGGUGUUGAAUCUCCCGAUGAUGGCCUAGGACGUCAGCGCACGGCCAGCGAGGGCCAUUUCCCUGACCGCAGCCCCACGGAACCUGAGUCGCUCCGCUCCCCCAUCCGCUGCAUCUCCCCCGAGCUGGCCAACACCAUCGCUCUGAACCCUGGGGGCCGGCCGAAGGAGGGACCGAUGCACAGCUAUCGGGAGGCCUUUGAGGAGCCGGACGGUGGGCUCGUGAGCCCGCCCCCAGCCUUUGGUGGUGAGGUGUUCCCCCAAACCCCUGCCUUUCCUGUCUCGCCACAAACCCCUUACUUCAACAUGUGUCGCUCUCCCCCAGGACUGGCCAAAACACCCCUGUCCUUCCUGGGCCUGAAACCACACAACCCAGCCGAGAUCCUGCUCCACCAGACCGGCUCAGAGCCGCGCAGCUAUGUGGAGUCUGUAGCGCGGACAGCGGCCCUCGGAGGAGCUCCAGCAGCCGCCCAGCAGGCUCCUGCCCCCUCCGCCCACGAGGUGGACGGCCCCGCCCGCGCGGCCACGCACCCUGGGCCCACACACGCCUUCAACGCCCCGCUGUCCUCCAGCAGCCCCAUCGAGAGCCCUGAAAGAGAGCACCCUCUGGCUGACAGCAGCGUGGGCCUGAUCUCGUCCCCUGCGGCGGGCCUGGACUCUGGCUUCCGCUCACAGCCGUCCGAGCAGAGCGCGUCCCGCACCCCGACUCCCUCCUACCCCGCCUCCAGCAGCCUGUCAGGCAGCUACAUGACCCCUGACCUCAGCCCCUCCCUGCCCGAGAGCAGCCAUACCAGCCUCCCCGGCCUCCCCGGCCUCCAGCCGGCCCCCGCCAGCCCUGGCACCCUGCACCGGGCCCUGGCCCCCGACGCGCCCCCCAGCCCCAGCCCCCAGCGCCGCCUGCCCAGCCACGGCAGCCCCAUCCUCGGCCGCCAGCCCUCGCCGGCUAACGGCAUCAUCCAGCCCGGCUACGGGACGGGCGUCCAGAUCCUGGGUCACUACCCCGGCGUGUCCAUGGCCACGCAGAACAGGCAGCCGCCGGUCAGCCAGGGCACCCAGAGCAGCCCCAUCCUCAGCCGGCAGUCGCCGUACAGCCAGCCCGUCCAGAGCAGCCCGGUGCUGAGCAGGCAACCGUCCAUCGACCAGGUCACGCAGACGCAGAGCAGCCCGGUGCUCAGCCGCCAGCCGUCCAUCGGCCUGCCGGUCCAGAGCAGCCCCGUGCUGUCCAGGCAGCCCUCCCUCACCCACCCCGCGCAGGGCAGCCCCGUGCUGGGCCGACACCCGUCCAUGGGCCAGGUGACCCAGGGCAGCCCCAGCCUGGACCGCCACCCCAUGUACAGCGGCUACACCACUCCAGACGAGCGGCACGGCGCCCUGUCCCGCCAGAGCAGCUCCUCCGGGUACCACCCGCCCUCCACGCCCUCCUUCCCGCUCUCGCCCGCCGGCUACAUGGAGGGCGCAGGGUUCCGUCAGGGCAGUCCGGCCCCGCCGCAGCAGCCCCAGCUGCCCGAGAAGCGCCGCAUGUCCAGCGGCGAGCGGCCCAACGGCGGCCUGUCGUACGGCACCCUCAACGGCAAGAUGUCCUCGCCCGUGUCCAGCGGGGGCAGCACGCCCAACGUGCAGUUCUUCCACACCCUGCCCGACUUCUCCAAGCUGGCCAUGUGCGAUGGGAGUCCAGAGACCAGGUUGAAUGUAAAGUUCGUCCAGGACACGUCCAAGUACUGGUAUAAGCCAGACAUAUCCCGAGAGCAAGCCAUCAGCGUGCUGAAGGACAGAGAGCCAGGGGCCUUCAUCAUCCGUGACAGCCACUCGUUCCGAGGGGCCUACGGCCUGGCCAUGAAGGUGGCCUCCCCGCCUCCCACUGUGCAGCCCAAUAAGAAAGCCGGUGACGUCACUAAUGAGCUGGUGCGCCACUUCCUCAUUGAGACGAGUCCAAAGGGCGUGAAGCUGAAGGGCUGUCCCAACGAGCCCUACUUCGGAUGCUUGUCAGCACUGGUCUAUCAGCACUCCAUUACCCCACUGGCACUGCCCUGCAAACUGGUCAUACCUGCCAGAGAUCCUCAUGAUGAGACCCCAGAGAUAGCCACACCAACCAACCCUGCGACAGAGCUCCUCAAACAGGGAGCAGCCUGCAACGUCCUGUAUAUCAACUCUGUGGAGAUGGAGUCCCUGACCGGACCCCAGGCCAUCGCCAAGGCCAUCUCUGAGACGCUGGCCGCCGGCCCUGCCCCCACCGCCACCAUCGUCCACUUCAAGGUGUCCACGCAGGGAAUCACUCUGACCGACAACCAGAGAAAGCUGUUCUUCAGGAGACACUACCCUAUCAACACAGUCACCUUCUGCAACACUGACCCACAGGAGAGAAAGUGGAGCAAACCUGAGGGGGGCACUGCAAAGUUUUUUGGGUUCGUGGCCAGGAAGCAAGGAAGCACAACAGACAACGUCAGUCACCUCUUCGCCGAGAUGGACCCUGACCAGCCCGCCACUGCCAUUGUCAACUUUGUGUCCAAAGUGAUGAUGAGCUCCCAGAAACGAUGAUCUUGAUGCUCCUGCAUGAUGCUCUUGGGGUGGAAAUGAUCUCCCUUUUUCUUCACCCCAGAGGACAUUUCAUUUCAUGCCUUUGACUUUGUUCUUUUCUUUACCCUUUUUUGAUUCUGUUAUUGUAUGCAUAUAUGGUAUGUGUGCGAGUGCAUGGAUGCGUUUGGUGUUUGUGCUGUUUAGGGGAAGGCUUGGGGAGUUGACUGAGACUGGGACAGAGGAAGUGCAGAGUGGGGGCGUGGUUGUGUGAUGUGCAUGCUGAGGAGGUGAGCUAACGCUUCACCUCAAGAAGGGCUGACAAAACAAAUUGACGGAGGAGGUUAUGCUGAAGAAAAGCGAAUUCUAGAGGGAAGACAGUGAGGUCUGAGGUCUGGCUUUUGGAUUGAUCUACCAAAGAUAAAGCAGUCAGGAUGAAUAUGUAAUUAUUGGAGAGUCCUUGAUUUUGUAAAAAUAAGGCUCUGUAAUCAGAGAUGGUCUGUGUUUCAUUUUGUUUUUCUAUACACAUUCAUUGAUACUGUCUAUAGUUUGAUUUCAUGAAGAGUGCACGUAUGCACUACUGAUUUAUGAUUUUGUUUUUCUUGUUUGAGAUGUACUUACCCUGUUGUUGGACUAAGGUGGGAGCUAAGCAGGCUUGUGGAUUUCAAAGGGCUUCUCUGUACAAAGAAAAGAAAAAAACAGACCAAAAUGUUAUAAUCAAAUACACUGUGGUCCAAAUUCCACUUUGUUUUUUUUUUCAUCUUAUAUAUUUCCUCUAUUACUUUUAUUUUCCUUGUGGGCAUUUCUGAUAAUGCCGUUGAAGUCUUAUUCUAGUCAAUCCUUGAGCACCUAGAUUUCAGUGGACGUGGAACCUGAUGGUUCAGCACUGCUCCGUGUCAGUGGACAGGGCAGGGCAGGGGAGGGGGUUCACGGCACGGUGACCGGAUCCGACCGACCUGUCGCUCCGCCACCCCACCUUGGCCUCCACCUCAACUCCACACUGUGGCUACUCUUCUGGGGCGUCCCACUCGAACCUUUGAGCACACUGGAGGAGGCUCCCAGGCUGGGAUCUUUGCACUGUUAGCAUGUUCUAGUCCACACAUAACCCCCAACUAUCCACCUCACGCUCACCUCAACCCUUUGUCUGUCUGCUACUGUGUGGACAUGAGUGUGUCUGUGUCUGUGUGUGUGUGUUUGUGUCUGUGUGUGUCUGUGCGUGUUUGCGUCUCACUCUCGACGGUGGCAUUUCUUUAUGUCACGGACCAUGAGAGAGAGAGAGAGCUGUCCAGAGAGAUGGGACCUGCACCUGCUGUUGACCCCACCAGCUGCAUUCUCUGUCUGUCCGUCUGUCCCACCAGCUGCAUCCUCUGUCUGUCUGUCUGUCCCACCAGCCUCAUCCUUUGUCUGUCUGUCUGUCCUGUCCUGCCCCCCCCCCCCCCCACUGACUACUUCUCUCCAGUAGUCCACUCUCUGGCUUCUCCCUACAAGUCUCACAGGCACCUGACAAUGACUUUUGUAGAACUAAAGUAGCUUCAAAUCACUACGCUGCUGCAGGCCUUACUUUUAAAAGACAAAAUGAUAUAAAAAAAAAUACAAACACACAGACAUCAUACCCUAAAGUAAGCUAUAUAUAUAUGAAAAACUUUAAGAAGUGACUCUACUAAAAUAUUUAUUGUUUUAUUUUUGUGUGUUUUGUUUUGUUUGUUUUGUUUUGCCAUGUUGCUCUAUGUUAACUCAUAUAUACAUAUUAUAUUGUAUAGUCUACAUAAAGAUUACUGACGCAAUGAAAAAAGUACUCUGUAUUUUCGCUAAGGUUUCAAAAUCAUUGCAUUUUAAAGCAUUCACUUGCAUAAGAUGUAAAAUGUAUGUAUUUUAAAUCUUGUCAUCAUGUUUUGAAUAUUUUCUUUUGGCGUUAUGCUUGCAUCUGACUUUUGCUCAUUAGACUGAAGUAUGCUUCUGUGGAGAGACUGUGGUAGAGGGAAGAAAGAUUAUUGUUUGUAAAAAAAACAAAAAAGGAAAAAAAUAACAAUGAAAUGUUAAAUGCUGUCAGUGUUGAGGCUCUUGUAUCAACAGAAAAUAUCUGAGGACUCAUUUGAGGUGGGCAAAUCAGUGGAAGAUAAAGGCUACAGUUUUAUUAUUGUCAAUUUCUUUUUUAUCCUCUGUCUCUUGACUCACCUGCAAAUGAUGGUCAACGUCAAAACAUAUAGUGCCCAAGAAGCCACCCCAGAUUGCCACAUUUAAAUGAAAGUAUUUUGUUAGCUGCUGCCAUCCUGUGGUGUAGUGAAAUAUUACCACCAUUUAGACCAGUCACAUUAUACUUACACUGUCCUCCUGAUAACUACUACAGUGUUUUAGCUGUUAUUUCUAAUAUACAACCCUUAUAGCAGUAAAAAGUAAUGGCUAAUAUUUUAGCUUUCCAGUGACCAUUGCAUUUAGUGGUUUAAGAUAUAUUACAAAGGUCAGAGGUAAAUGAAUAGGUGUGUUUCAUCAAUCAGUUAUGUUGUGGUAAAUGACCACCGCCCACACGUAUAUGUGUAAAUACUUUGUUUCUCGCCAAAGAUUCAUCUCUUGCGUGUGCUUUCAUUUGGUUGUAGAUCACUCUGUCCCCAUUUCUUUUAAUAUCCAGAAACAUGCCAUCUUAAUGAUGAAGCAAUGUCCUAUUCUUGAUAUGAAGUCACUUAUUUGGGCAUCAGGCAUCAACAGACCCUUUCCUGAGGUGUAUAGUAUGUUUUAGAAUUACAGUUCAACUCAAAUCAUCUUUUGCUAAGCACUUACUUACUUCUGGUAAUAUGAAAGAAGAAUAUUAUAAGAAAUCCAAAACACAACGCAGCAGCAGCUUUGCUAUUUCACUACUCUGAACUACACUUAUAUAAUUUUGAAAUUAAAAAUGCACAAAAAUAUGUCUUAGAAUGUGCAGGCACCAGUAGCUUGCUCAGACAUAUUUAAAAUUGGGUAAUGACUGCAUUGUAAACUACAAUUCUUAUUUAUUCUGUUGUCCAACUCACCACCGAUUUUGAUUGACUACAGGACAGAAAAAAUAGUUCAUGUUUGUUGUAUUGAUAUUUUUUUCUGAUAUAAUACAUUUCAGGAGAUAGAAAGGAACCUUCAACCAUAUAAUGUUGAUACCUAUGACAGUGGUUUGUGUACUUUUGAAAGUGUUGUGUCCUUUUAAACAUGUCCACAUAUGGACUAGCUCCUGAACUAGACUAUGUGAAUGUGCUUCUUGCUGUACAGACCAUGUAUUUUUAUUUCUCUCAUGUAUGGCUUCUUUAUUUUCAAACACAUGUUAAAGAGCAAUACAAAUAAGUUACAUUAAAAUAUACUGUUGCUUGAAA